AAGAUGCGGGUCAAGGAGGUCAGAGAAUCUCUGCUCAAAUUAAAGUGACACCGACAUCAACCUGGGGCUGACGUCUUCUUCCAAAAAGUGAUCCACUUUCUUCAUAGCACUUCUCAAAGUCUGACGAGUGCUUUUUCCCGAGAUCUCUGUUCCACAUUCAAUGCGGCGCACAGCAUUGCCUGCCCCGUUGUGGCCCUGGCAUUCUGGUCAGACGCAGCUGAGAUCUGUACGAAACUGCGAUUGUGAGAAGGAACUUCUCCGGGGUGUCUGAGAUCUUGGUUGUGCAAUGUCUUGGGGUAAUUCAAGGAAGCAAUGCACUAACAGGGAGUGUGACUAGAAGGCUUUGAUAACAUGAGUGUCGAGGGUUCAGCGCCGUUGUCUUGUAACAUCGUAUGCUUAGCGGAGAUUCUAUCAACUCCCUGCAUUGACUGCCACUCAUUUGACAAAGCAUCCAGUUGAGAAACCUAUCAAGUAGCUACACAUCUGGCGCGCAGCCAUAAGUAGUCUGGUAUAGGGGUCUGCGUCUAGGGCAGCAAGUGCCAGAGGCGGACCCGGUUUUUCAAACUCCGAUCUUGAACUGAUCAGUGCACAACAGAAGCCACCACCGCUGCAUCAGCAGCGCUAAGAGUUGCUGACGUUGGCGAGGUCGGCACUGGGGCCAUCAUGAACCGGGGGAAUUUGGGCACCGUCGGGGCCCUGUCCCUGUCGGUGGUUUCGUCAGUGUCAAUAGUGCUCUGCAACAAGCAGCUCAUGUCGGGGCUGGGCUUCAACUUUGCAACAACGCUUACCAGCUGGCACUUGCUCGUCACCUUCAUAUUCUUGCAUUGCGCACGUUGGUUUGAGUUCUUUGAGCACAAGUCUAUGGAACCGAGGAUGCUAGUGGGCUUUGGGAUCCUCAACGGCAUCUCGAUAGCGCUCCUCAAUCUGAGCCUGGGGUUCAACUCCGUGGGAUUUUACCAGAUGACCAAGCUGGCCAUCAUUCCGUGUACGGUCUUCUUAGAAACGGUCUUCCUCCAAAAAGUCUUCAGCCGCCCCGUCCAGCUGUCCCUGCUGUGCCUCCUGGCCGGCGUCGGCAUCGCGACCGUGACGGACUUGGAGCUCAACUUCCUCGGCACGUGCCUCUCCCUGCUGGCCAUCCUGACGACGUGCAUCGCGCAAAUCAUGACCAACACCAUCCAGAAGCGGGCCAAGCUUUCGUCCACGCAACUGCUGUACCAAACGACUCCGGUCAUGGCCGCGACGCUGCUCAUGAUCGGGCCGUUCCUCGACCGGGCACUCACGGGGGCCCCCGUGUUUGGGUUUGACUACACGCGGCUCGUCACGACGUUCAUCGUCCUUUCUUGCGCAAUCUCCAUCUCCGUCAAUUUCUCCACUUUCCUGGUGAUCGGAAAAACGUCCCCGGUAACGUAUCAGGUGCUUGGUCACCUGAAGACGUGCCUGGUCCUUUUCCUGGGCUUCAUGCUCUUCAAGACCCCUGCCACGUGGCGCAACAUCGGGGGCAUCCUGGUCGCGAUGGCGGGCAUGAUCGCGUAUUCGUACGCAAGCAUUCAGGAGAGUCAACCGAAGCCAAAACGGGACGAGCUUCUGCCGACACGGACGCCCGAAAAUGGGCUAUCGUACGAGAACAUGGCCAACGGGGGAAGCGCGAACAACAUGAACGGCCUCGAUGCGAAGAGCUAGGUGCAUCGUGCGAGCUGCAUGAUGAGAACGCGUGCUGCGUACGGUACAACUGUUCCGAAACGCGUGUUUGAGUCAGCCUGUUGAACCAUUUUUAGGCGUCAAGGAGAAUUAACAUUUACUCAGAUAUAGUACAGACCGUGCCCGCAUCAGCGCCGAUUUGCAAAGCCGCUACGGUGGCUGUCGACCUGAUUAACAUGCUAAUCAUCGUCCUAAUCUAGUGUAGCUGACCAUCCCUGUAGUGAUUCCCGGAGGCACGCGUUUUUUGAGGCUUUCCAAGAGUACGGUCCCCCUUAAGGCCCUAGCUUAGCUUCAAAGAGCGAUUCUUGGUGCACGCCUUAACAUAUACUAACACAACCAUGAUGCGAACGUAUUUUCUGGCGCUUCCGAAGCUAGUCGGACUCUAUGCAUGCGGCGCUUUCGUAUAAAGUUCAGGGUUAGUACGGUUGA